GAGGACCAGGGCUUGUACGUGGACGCGCCCGCGCGUCACUACGGCGCCGCCGCCGCGUUGGCCGCGCCCUUCGACCCCUCCGAAGGCCUCACGCUGCAGUACGAGGCGACCCUCGAGGACGGCCUCGAGUGCGGCGGCGCGUACCUCAAGUUCACGACCGCGUCGGACGACUUCUCCCCGGAGAAGCUCGACGGCGACACGCCGUACGUCGUGAUGUUCGGCCCGGACAAGUGCGGAAACACGAACAAGAUCCACGUCAUCAUCCGGCACGCGAAUCCGCUGGACGGCUCGAUCGAGGAGAAGCACCUGAUCGACCCGCCGAGCCUCACCGUGGACUCCGUCCCGCACGUGUACACGCUGUCCGUGAAGAAGGACAACACGUACGAGGUGCUCGUGGACGACGAGGUCAAGAAGUCCGGCUCGCUCUUUGAAGAUUUCGAGCCGUCGUUUAACCCCCCCGAGGAAAUCGACGACGACGCGGACGAGAAGCCCGCGGACUGGGUCGACGAGGCGCAGAUCCCGGAUCCCGCGCAGUCCAAGCCGGAAGACUGGGACGAGGACGCGCCGGCGAUGAUCCCGGACCCGGACGCGGCGAAGCCCAUCGGGUGGCUCGACGACGAGCCCCUCGAGGUGCCGGACCCGGACGCGACCGUUCCGGAGGAUUGGGACGAAGAGGAGGACGGCGACUGGGAAGCCCCGAUCGUGCCGAACCCGAAGUGCGAGGGCGAGGACGCGGGCUGCGGCGAGUGGACGCCGCCGAAGAUCUCGAACCCGGACUACAAGGGCAAGUGGUACCCGCCGAUGAUCGACAACCCGGAGUACAAGGGGGUGUGGAAGCCGCGGAAGAUUCCGAACCCGAAGUACUUCAACGACGAGACCCCGCUCAAGAGCAUCGGUCAGAUCGGCGGCGUCGGCCUCGAGAUUUGGACGAUGACGUCCGGGCUCGUCGUGGACAACGUCCUCGUCGCGGGCGACGACGUCGCCGCGGGAGAGCUCCGCGCGAACGCGUGGAAACCGAAGAUGGACUUCAUCGCCGCCGUCGCGAAAGCGGAGGAGGAGGCCAAGGCCAAGGCG